AUGGUCCGAAAGUCGCUAGAUUACUCGAAUCAGAAGUUCAAGAAAGGUCUAUGGUCUCCCGAUGAAGAUGAGAAGCUUCGGAAUUAUGUCCUAAAGUACGGCCAUGGCUGCUGGAGUUCAGUUCCGGCCAAUGCCGGUUUAGAAAGAAAUGGAAAGAGCUGUAGAUUACGGUGGAUUAAUUAUCUGAGGCCAGGAUUAAAGCGAGGGGCAUUUAGUUUGGAAGAGGAAGAAAUAAUCUUGGCCCUUCAUCAUAUUUUAGGAAACAAAACAGAUAAUGAGAUUAAAAACCACUGGCACUCUUACCUCAAGAAAAGGGCAGUUAAAACUGAAAUGCAGGUUAAAAAAGAAACCAUAAAUGGUGAAUUACCUCAAAUUCCAAAUCUUUCGCCUCAAAAUCCCGGUCUCGAAUCGUUUAAAAGCCCGGAACAAUCGAUAAACGAGACAAACGACCCGAAUUUACAGGAAAUAAACCGGUCGAGGGGACCUAAUUGCAAUUUACCGAAAGUUCUGUUCGCCGAGUGGCUUUCAACCGACCCUUUUCAAGUCCAUGACUCGGGAAGCUUAAGUUCCGAUAGCUUCACGCUCGAUAACAACAACAAUAGUUCGAGUUCUGAAGAUUCUUGGAAUAUUUUCGACCAGCAAACGAAUAACUCUGUUUCGGUUGAUGAUUAUAAUAUGUUUCCAUAUUCGCCGUUCGAUUAUUUAUCGGAAAAUGGUGGGAUCGAUUAUUAUUAUCCAGGACAGUUUGGCAUAAACGGCAAUGGCAUGUAUUUGUAG